AUGUUGAGUAGAUCAUCAAUCGUACACAACAAGGUUUCUCAAAUUAUGAAGAAGAACCUUCCCAGGUUUGGCACAAACAUCACAGCAAACCCUCAGAACGGGAUUAUAAGCAAGAAUAUCCACACAAUUUACAGGAAUAGUUCAAGCAAUAUGUAUCUGAGGAGUAAUCUCUCUUUGGUACAAUAUUCUUUCAGAAAUAUGAGUGCCCAGAAGGUUGUAUUCUCCAAAAAUCCUAUACCAGAAUCAGGGAAGAAGGAUAAUAAGGACAACAAGGAUUUCCAAAAGAAGUUACAAGUGAAAGAAAAUCCUCCUCAGUCUUAUAAGCCCAGAAAUAUGGGAUCUAGCCGUCAAGCUUAUUAUGCUGAUAGAAAGAAAUUAUACGAAACACUCAAAGAGAAAUGGAUUCAUAAUGUUACAAAAAGAUUUGAUGAGGAUCUUUUUGAGGAUAACAUCCAGAAAGCCCACAGCAAGCAUUCUAGGAAGGCCGACCUGACAUGGCUCACGAAAGCUGAGAGAUAUGCAGAGAAAUCUUUUGAUCCUUAUUCAGCUCUUCUUAGUGAUGUUAUCAAGACUCAAGCUACUUCUUCUCAGAAGGUAGAUCUCUCGAAUAUUGAGGCUAAGCUCAACUCACAUAUUAAGAAAACAAUUUUAAGAUAUUUAGCCAACAAAGACAGAUGUCUGAAGGAAGCAACCCUAAAUUCUCCUGAAAACACCCAACUAGCUUCUGACUUUGAUAUUGGAAUAUAUCUUCUUGUUGAUCCAAUCCUAGCUCUCAAGAACAAGCAGAGUAAAGACCAUAUCGUAAAUCUCACAAAGGAAGUUCUUUUCCCAGAGCACUCCCAAAUUUUAGAUAUCAAAGAACUUGAAAUCUCUCAGGAAAUGGCAACCAAGAUAGUCUUCCUGAACAUGAUAAAGAAGUACAACUUCUUCCAAGGGAUUGACAUCCUCUUCAGAGAGCUCGCCAAGGUUCUCAUUGAGCUCAAAGAAGAAGGGAUCUCAGAGCCAGCUCAGAACUAUGAAAAUUUGCUCAACUCUACCUUCUUUGUUUCCCAAGAUAAAGAUAAAACCUUUGAGGCCAACCUUGAAAGUAUCCCAGUUGAUGAGGGACUUAUCAAGCAGCCAGAGUUUAUAUAUGCUGCUAAGGUCCAGAAAGUGCAUCUCAUCAAGAAAUACAGAAAGAUGCUAUCUGAAUUUGAAAGAGUUAAGCACUACCACAGCCUCUUGAGAAGUGCCAUUGAUGAUCCUACACUUUUCUCCAAGCUCAUGUCUAGUCACACUGAGUUAGAGUCCUUGCUGGCUUCUAUUAAUGAAGAGACAGAACAUAUCACUGAUGAUGGAACAUUUGAUAGAAUUCUCAAAGUUGGCGGUAUCUAUGAUGAGGUUGUCAGAAACUAUGUCCAAACUACAUUUGAUAUCCAUGAUGUUGGCAUUCAUAACAUGUAUGAGAUCUAUAACCCUCUCAAAAAUGGAAAAUUCCAUGACUUACUCACUGUGAGAGAUCAGUUGGUCAAAGACGGUCUUUCCCUUGAAGAAGCUGAUAGAUUAGCUCAAGAGUAUAUUAUUCGUGCUUAUGAAGACUCUAAAGGACCUUAUAAGUUCUAUAACUUGAUUGAAUCUCAUCUUGAGGAAUCCCAAGAGGCGAUAUCAGAAUUCCAUUCUACAAAAACUCUGAGAGAUUUGAAGUUCAAUGUAACCUCUCUUGAAGAAUUUGAGUUCAGUCUUCAAGACAGAAGAAGAAAGGCAGGACAUCUCAGAAGCUACUUAAUGGCUGGAGGUGACCUCAACGAAUACAACAAAGUAUCUAAUUCCGUAUUCCAAAAUAAGCUUGCAAAUGAGCCUGUAAGACUUAAGAGAAAUGCUUUCUCUAACUUUUCAACAAGAAAUUUCUGCACUAAACAAGAACCUGAGCAGAAAAAGGCAGGAGGAUUCACCCAAUAUCUGAAGAAAUUGAUAAAAAUAGAUAGUGAAAAAGAAAAAGAGGAUCAAAAGAAGCUUGAGGAUAUUGCUAAGAAUGAUCCAACAAAUAUAAAAAUUGAGUUCCAGAAGAUUAAGUCCUCCAUUCUAAUGGAUAAAACAGAAUCUGAAGCAGCUGAGCCCCUGGAUUUUGCUAAACAGGAAGUAGCACAGACUCCUGAGCAAAGACUUAUUGAAGAGGCUACCAAAAGAUUCCCUCUUGAGUUUUUCAAAGAGUUUUCUCUUGCAGAUGAAAAGUUGAUGCAAACACACCUCGAAGAAUACAUUCGGGAUAUGGAGAAUCUAGAUGAUAUUCCUCUGUUCGUUAUCUCAUUUCUGGCGAAUGCCCUAGAACUGAACAAUUGGAUAGAGAACACUCACAUUUUGUUCUAUAAAAUAUUCUGUACCCCAAAAAUUAACAAAGAGGAAAGAAAAGAAAGUGAGAAGGAGAAUCUUCUUUCCGGAAAUCUCUUCAAGACCUCUAUCUCAUCAUAUGGAUAUAGAUCCUUGCUCCAUUCAGUUCUCUUGAAGGGAAAAAAGAAGCAUUUCAAGAAGAUAAUUAAGCACAUAGAGACCUACAUGAGCCCUGAUGAAGUUACUGAUAGUCUUAUUGCUGAUAUUAUCAAAGUAGCCUCUCAACUUGAUUGCCCAAUCUUAUUAGGAAGAACAAUUAAGAGAUUCAUUGAUAAAGGAGUUGAUAUUUCAAAACAAAACUUCCUUGAUUUCUGUCUCUACCUUGACAUGUGCAAAGGAUUUGAAAGAGAUACUAUGCAAUUCUUAAACCUUGCAAAUGACAAUGGGAACAUUCAGAUUGAAUGGGACACAAUGGAGAAAUUCUUCCUCAGAGCUCUAAACCACAAGAGUGGAGCUGAAAUUAUUAAAAUCUACAAGAAAAUCACUGAUGAUUUAAAACCAAAUAAGCACAACUUGCAACUCUCAGAGAAAGAUCAAGAGCAAUUAUUAUUCGAUAUCAAGCUCAGAAUCUGUACAGAGCUGAUUCAUUUGGGAACCACAAAGAAAGCAUUCACUCUUGUAGAAACUUUGCACAAUGAUUACAUUUAUAUGACUAUGGAAAACAAAGACCCAAAUGACCUUCUUGGUUUGAAGAUCAGUACAGCCAAAGGAGAUAUCAAACAGUUCGAGGAGAUUCUGAACAAUAUUUUCAUGGGAGAUUUCUCAGAAACAAAAAUCACCCAAAACUCUAUGGAGACUAUUGCUAGAUACAUUACGAAGUUCAAUUCAGAAGAUGAUUCUCUUAUCGUGACUGAGUUCAUCAAGAAAUAUAUUCUCAAAACCAGUGCUGAAAAUCUUAUUAUAUCACCCAACACUUACAAACUCUUCAUUGGAAUUUUGAUUAAAAACCAGAACUGGGACUUGCUGCAAGAACUUAUUGAAAAGACUGAUGUAGAGACUAUCAGAAAUGACUUCUCUACUCUAAAAAGAUUGAAGGAGAGUCUUAUCUACUGCCUGGAUCAAAAGCAACGCUCAGAAAUUAAAACUAAACUUGAAAGCAUUGACAAAAUAUAAUCUGAUAAUCACAUUCAACAAAUA